AGACGGACAGAGGUAUCAUCUACAUCUAAUACUGCAGCCGCAUUGUACUUUCCAUGGACUGUAGUACACGCUCUCAAUUUAUGCAAACGUGAAAACCCUCCUCAUCCACCCCUGCACUGUGCACCCUCACCCACUGUGUAUGUGUGUGGUGGUGGUGGUGUUGAUGGCAAGAGCACAGCAACAAGGAUAUUAGGGAACAAGGAAUUAGUAAAUCCCUUAGUAUUGGGUUUUCCAAGUUUAUUGGAUUCUGUGGAGGCUGCUAUGCUAACUAACAUGUAUUCGUUGACGGUGAAGCCCUCUUUCUUUUUACCAAAAUUUUCUACUUCUUCUUCGUCGGCUUCUUCUUCUGUACAUUUUUGGGCUGGGUCGUGUUCUUCUUCGGUUACCUUCCGAAUAAAGACGAAAAACAGAGGAAGCAGGUUGAGAAUUCACGCUUACGAGUCUUCAAAGAGCGACAGUCCCAAUGCGUCUGGAGAUUCCAAGCCUCCCAACGGCACUCUGCCAAAGAGCAGGAGAGAAAUUCUUUUGGAGUACGUCAAAAAUGUGCAGCCAGAAUUCAUGGAGCUCUUUGUAAAAAGGGCACCCCAGCAGGUGGUUGAUGCAAUGCGCCAAACAGUCACAAACAUGAUUGGAACUCUACCACCACAAUUUUUUGCAGUCACAGUCACCACCGUUGCCGAAAAUCUUGCACAACUCAUGUACAGUAUCAUGAUGACUGGAUAUAUGUUUCAGAAUGCACAGUACAGGUUGGAACUCCAGCAAGGUUUAGAGCCAGUUGCUCUUCCUGAUGUGCAAGAUAAAAAGGAUGCACCAGAUUAUGCACCUGGGACACAGAAGCAUGUGUCAGGUGAAGUUAUUAGGUGGAAUAAUGUUUCUGGCCCUGAGAGAAUAGAUGCUAAGAAGUACAUUGAGUUACUUGAAGCAGAGAUUGAGGAACUAAAUCAUCAAGUUGGGAGGAAAUCUGCGAGUGGACAAAAUGAACUGUUGGAGUAUCUCAAGUCUCUUGAGCCCCAAAAUUUAAAGGAGUUGACGAGCAGUGCUGGAGACGAUGUUGUGGUUGCAAUGAAUACAUUCAUCAAGCGGCUUUUGGCUGUUUCAGAUCCUGGCCAAAUGAAGACAAGUGUAACAGAGACAGGUGCACCGGAACUUGCCAAGCUGCUGUAUUGGCUGAUGGUUGUGGGAUACAGCAUUCGCAAUAUUGAAGUUCGUUUUGAUAUGGAACGAGUACUUGGGACUCCUCCAAAGCUCGCAGAAUUGCCUCCAGGAGAAAAUGUUUAAUUACGAUUACUCCUCGUGGAAUUACAACUUUCAAUAUAGUGGCACAAGUUCAUGAAUCACAAGGCUCCACAAGGCCUGGCUAAUGGUGAUACUAGAUCUACUACUUAGUCUGUGAGUGUGCCUUUAGAAUCUGGAAGUAGAUGAGGGUUCAAUAGAGAGAUGACCAGACACCAAUUAGGUGAAGGGCUGGGGAAUUUUAGCA